UGACCCCCCAGAAGCAACUGGUAUGCUCUUUGCAGCAGAUGACAGCUCACAAGGAUAUAGUGAACCAUCUAGCAGUUGCACUCAAUGACACAACUGAAGUUGGACACUACAUAAGAUUUUUCAGAUAGCAACAACUUGCGACAAGACAUUGUUUAGCAUAAAACUGUGGUGACAACUGGAACAAGAUGGACCAAGAUACACAAUCGACUGAUUCAGAAGAUGAUGGCUACAGAUGUAUGGAGCUUCCCACCCUUGUCAAACAACUGCAGGUCAUUUUGGACCAAUACCCUGAUGAUGGACAGAUACUCAAGGAGCUGAUACAGAACGCUGAGGAUGCAGGAGCCGAAGUUGUUGACAUCUUGUAUGAUGGAAGGACUAUUCAACCUGAUAUAGAUGCCAAGGAACUGAAACAGAACGCGUUUCUGAAAUCCUUGCAGGCUCCUGCGUUGUGUGUCUACAAUGAUGCUUUAUUCACAAAGAAGGAUUGGACUGGUGUCAGUAUGUUGUAUACUAGCCUCAAGGAUGAACCUCAGAAAAUCGGACAAUUUGGACUUGGUUUCAAAUCAGUAUUCCAUAUUACAGAUUACCCAUGCAUCAUCAGCGGUGAUCAAAUCCUCUUCAUCAAUCCAGAACAAGUGGCACAUAAAGUGUGUUUCUCCAAAAAGUUACGGAAUCUGUCUGAUAGAGUGAAGAGUAUUUUAACUCUGGUCCUGUGUGGUACAUUUGGGUUCUCAGACAAGUCUUUGACAGAUGGUUAUAAUGGCACUCUUUUUUGGUUUCCCCUGAGAAUUCAAGCAUCAAACCUUUCUGGAAAUUUGUACACAAAAGAGAAAGUCAUGGACCUAUUUCAAGCUUUCAAAUCGGAGGCCCCAGUGACACUACUUUUUCUUAAUUCAAUUCACAAAGUCCAGUUAUUCCAGACUCAUGCAGCUACAGAUGAGAAGAUUCGUGCUUUCUGUGUACAGCUUUCUAAUAGCUGUUUAACAUCUGUCAAACAUCAACGGAGAGAUUUUGCCUCAAAAGUGCAGCUCAUUGAUUUGGAAUUGAUGUCCCCAUCCAUGGAAAACAGACUUCAUGUUGUAAUAGAAACUGAAGAUUUGAUCAACUCUAAAAACAUCAGCCAAGCAUGGAUUAUUAACAAUGUGUACAAAAUCAGAGAUAUGUCUCACAACUUUAGUAGCCUCUGCAAGGAAAUGUCGCGUUUUCCAUAUGUGGGCGUGGCGGUUCCCGUCGGUCAACAGUGUGAAGGUCAUGUGUUCUGCUUUCUCCCACUUCCCCUGCAGAGUCACAGUCCCACAGGUCUGCAGGUUCAUGUCAAUGGCUUCUUUGCCUUGAGUCAGAAUCGAAGACAUGUCAAGUGGCCCACAGCAGAUCAGAUGCAGAAUCAGUCACACACAGAUAAAGCUAUUGAGUGGAACAAGUGUCUCGUGAGUGAAGUGCUUCCAAUGGCUUACUGUAACAUUCUGAAUGAGUUGAUACAACAUUCUCAACAAGAACAGAACCCUGAUGACCAAAUAAAGCAAGUGUAUUCCUUGGUUCCAAAGCAAGAAAAUGUUUGUGUACAUUGGAAACCAAUGGUGGAUGAAGUUUUAAGAGAACUGCAAAACAUACCAUUUUUGUUUACUGAAAAUUCUGGUGGAUGUUGGAUAACAGUUCAAUGUGCCAUUCUUCUGGAUUCCAACAUGGCCACUGAUGUCAAAGAAGUUAUCAAGAAGAUUUUUCUUUGGUGCAAUGAAGACAUAGUUGAUUUGCCUGGAGAUGUUUUGGCAUUAUUGGAGAGCACAAUGCACACAUCCAUAACAAUGGUUUCUACUGAACAGGUAUGCUCACUCCUGAAAUCCAAUGACUGCUACAUAAAACAACUGUCCCUGCUUCAAAAGAGGAUUUUGCUUAGGUAUAUAAUAUCUGGUGGGCAUCUGGACUUCUUACCUGGAUUAAACCUUUUACCUACAAUGGAUGGAUGUUUCACAGAAAUUGGAAAGGAGGAUGUUUACGUCUGGCAAGAUGUAAAAGCUUCAGAGUGUUUGCUUCCUGGCCUUGAAGCCAGCCUAGUGGACAUCGAGGCAUCCCCUGAACUUGGCCAUAUCUUACAAAGUGAAGAAAAUCGAGAUCUUUUCAACGUGGGUCUCAUUACCAGGGACAUAUUUCCAAAGCUACUGCAGAGAUGUAUUUCACAACAUUUCAUUGCAAACAAUCCCAAAUAUCUACAUGAACCUGUUGAUGACUGUUGGUUGAGGGGAGUGUGGACUUACAUUGACAACAACUAUUCCUAUGACCAGCUGGGCCAGACAUUUGGUACACUGCCUCUUAUUCCAGACUUGGAAGAGCAAGGUAAAACACGUCUGCAUGAUCUACAAAAGCCACUAAUCGUUGAGAUGGUAGAUGGUGUCAAUUCCCUUUCCAGGCACAUGGUUGAUUGCCUGAGGAGGUUAAGCAUUGUAGUGUUAAAACACAUUACAGAAAUUACACCCAACGGUAUUGUUGGCGUGAUAAUACAGUACCCAACCCAUGCUGGUGUCUUGAAAGUACUAGAUGUUGUGGCAGAGGAUGACAAUAUACAGGAGAAGAUCAGUCAAUUCAACACUCAGGCAACCCAUGAGGAAAGAGAAAGCUUUACUCACUUUUGGGGAGAAGCUACAACAUGCUUCACAAAGUCAGUGCAUAUUUUGCGAAGUCUUCAGAUGUUCAUGGCAACAGAUGGGUCACCCAAAUGUUUAGAAGAUGUGGACACUCUUGCACCUGUUGUGGAACCUCCAUUUCCUAUUCCUUCCCCUGAGGUUUAUCUAGUAUCUACCUCCAGAGCUGUAAGGUCGCUAGCUUUGUCGCUAGGGGCAUCACAAAAGGAACUGGAUGCAGCUGUCAUACUCACUUUACAGCACAUGAUUGAAGGAAAGCAUAUGGCAAAGGCUGACAAGGAUUCUCUUAAACUGAUGGAGUUCUUAAUAUUGUCCUGCUCUUAUCUGCUUGAACAUGACAUAGUUGCAAAACUUGCAAGGGGAGUGAAAUUUCUUGCAUCUCAAAAUGGAUCAACAUAUUUCAAAGCAUGCCAGCUGUUUGACCCCACAUCAUCACUUUUGACACAGCUAUUCCAAGAGGAGGACAAAUUCCCCCCACUCAAGACAUGUCAGAACCAGUCAGCUGAAGGCAGGCCUAACACUGUUGGGGUUACGAGGGGAAGAAGAUGUGACAUCUGCAGAACUUUUGACAACGGCAAACCUCAUUCAGAGUUUGAAUACUUCCAGUAA